AUCACAUAUGUGUAUUAGAACUUCAAGAUGGCCAUUGGAAUUGUCUACGCGAUCACUCACUAUCGAAAAAAUGCACGUCGUUAUUGCUCUGACAAAGUGCACAUCCUACGAGAAACGUGAUCGGAUGCUCUCCCUUCUCGGCCCCGUCGCACACACAACCAUCGCAAACGAGCCCGAAUGCUUUGCCUACGCGUGGUUCAAAAGUGAUGUCGAGAAUGCGGUUCCGGAUCGGUAUUUGAGGGGCUUGGAAGUGUAUAAGUCUGAGAAGGCCCUCUCGCAAACUCACCGCAGCACCCCGGAAUACAAAGCCUUCCGCUCCGCUGUCGUCCCAGAGGGAAUCACAGAGUUGCCCACUGAUCUACGGCCGCUGACGCCGGCGGGGAUCGGGUAUCUGAGUCUUGUCGAUGAUGAAACUGUGCAGUUUGGCGGUGCUACGAAGGAUGAAGUGAUUAUUGUUGUGCGGCGAUUCUGUACCGCCGAUUCCGCGAGGAGGGAAGAGGUGAAGAGGGACCUAAUGGGGGCGGUAGAGAAACUACUAGCAGCAUCAACGCCAGGUGAAGGAGAGCAAUUGAGAGGGGUGGUGAAAUCCUUCUGGUGCCUUGAGUAUGCGCCGGAUUUACAGGAUGGGACUGUAGUCACCUUUGAGCGGUACAUGAAUAGGAUGGGAAUGGAGCGAGUAGCUGUGCUUCUCAGGGAUGACUUGUGAGUUUCCCAUUCUCUCUGUGGCCUGUGAUGAUGGCUGUGUGUGCUUACUGAUACCGACCAAGGCAGCGAAUCUCGGACUGCUGUGUGGAUGUUGACGUGACGAGGUGGGUGAGCGCCGGGAUAGGGUUCGUAAGGGGGGGGA